AUUGCCUUUAAUGCAACCAAGUCCUUCUCUUCUCUUAGUACUAGUACCAAAACAAAUAAAAUUACUCUCUCAAUCUCCCAUGCACCAUUUUUUAAUUUUUAUUCUUUCUCAAAUACUUCUACUAUAUAGUACCCCAAUAAUAACUGAUUCAAGAAAAUUGAAUACACCAAGACCAAACCCCAAUAAUAAGUGUUAAUUCACCUCCUUUCACAACCCCCCCAACCAAUUAACUUUCCCAAUAUAUUAUUUGACCCUUUUCUCUCUGUUUGUUUUUGUGAGUGUGUGUGUGUGUGUGUCUCCGUUCAUUCUUUCUUUCUCUGCCAUGGAAGAUGAUGAGGCAUGCAUCACGAGUCUGAGCCUUGGACUUGGAAUAAUGGGAGGGCAUGCUCCAAAGAAGGAGAAUAAGCAGAAAGUUCCUUGCUUGGACCUAUCUUUUGAGCUUUGUCCAAAAGGGGAAGAAGAAGAAGAAGAAGCCAUUGACGUGGAUCAACAACAACAUGGUAAUAAGGCCAAAGGGUUGUUGUGUUUGAAGCACCCAAAUGAUGAAACAAGCCCUGAUAGCAACAAUAGCAAUAACGGCAGCAGAAAGAAACUGAAGCUCACAAAGGAGCAAUCAGCCACCCUUGAAGAUAUUUUCAAGCUGCAUAGCUCUCUUAACCCCGCACAGAAACAGGCACUUGCUGAACAAUUGAAUUUAAAGCAUAGACAGGUUGAAGUUUGGUUUCAGAACAGAAGAGCAAGGACCAAGCUGAAGCAAACAGAGGUGGAUUGCGAGUUCCUGAAGAAAUGUUGUGAGAAACUGACCGAUGAGAAUCUAAGGCUGAAGAAGGAGUUGCAAGAGCUGCGUGCACAAAAGAUUGGAUCAACACCACUGUACAUUCAACUCUCCAAGGCCACAACCUUGACCAUUUGUUCAUCGUGCGAGAAACUGUUGAAGCCCAAUGAAGGGAACAAAGGAGCCAUUAACAAAUUGCAGAACAGUAUAGAGUUAGGGGGUAUCUAGAGGGUAUAAAAUAAAACUAUGAGGAACUCAUAAUUUGGUGAAGGUUAUUGGAAUGUCAGAAUGCAAUUAUCAAACAUGGAUAGUUUAGUUUAAUUAAUCAGCACAAAAAAGAAAAGUACACACCCUCAGUCCCCACAUCGAAUAAUUUGUAUAGCCAUGUAGGACUGCUUGUGGUAUAUAUGCUAAGGCUAGAAUCUAGAUAGUUAAGGUAACUUAUUGUCUCUUUCUAGUUUCUAUUCAUUCAAAAUACAAAUUAAUCAAAAUUAACCCACUCUAUUUGCUUUA